CAGACACUUCCUGCUUCCUCCCUGUGUGAGUCAGGAAGCAGACUCAGUAAACACUCAAACUCAACUCCUGCUCCAGACAUGGCUGGCAUUAAAGCACUUGUCGGUUUGUCGUUUACUGGAGCCAUUGGACUUACGUUUCUUAUGCUGGGAUGUGCCUUGGAAAGUUACAGGAUAUAUUGGCCUUUGUUUGUCUUGAUAUUUUAUGUCAUCAGUCCAAUCCCGCAUUUUAUUGCCACACGCCUCAGUGAUGAUACAGAUGCUGCAAGCAGUGCCUGCCGAGAACUGGCUUUCUUCUUCACCACUGGAAUCGUGGUCUCUGCGUUUGGUUUCCCGAUUAUUCUAGCUAGAGUCGAAGUGAUACAAUGGGGUGCGUGUGGACUGGUCCUCGCUGGCAAUGCAGUUAUUUUCCUUACGAUCCUUGGAUUUUUUAUUGUUUUUGGAAGAGGUGACGACUUUAGCUGGGAGCAGUGGUAAAGACUGUAAAACCAAUAGGGAUUUUUUUUCCUUCUUUUUUUUCACAGAAUUACACCAAUCCCUGCUCUCGUAUGCAUACUCAUCCCAUGCGUACAUUAACGGUGGCCUGAUCUAAAUGAUGCCAGGUUCUGUUUCACAUUUCUUAUUAAGGCUACUGUUAUUGUAUUUGUUCCUUUUUGUUUUAAGUUUCUCUCCUUUUUGUAAAUAUAUAUAAUUUAAUAUAAGACAAUUACACAUCCUAUCUACAGUAAUAAAAGCAUUAACCGUUGUUGACAAAACUGUAUGUUGCCCGUGGUUUGAAGAAGGCCCGUCACUUGGAACCCUACAGGUUAUUGGUCAUGCAAAUAUCAUAAUGGCGAAAAGGGGUAUUUGUAUUUGUGCUAAAUUCACUUUUAUGAGUAUAUCCCCCAAACUUCUGUCUCUUUCUGUAACCCAACACGGACCUCUGCAAUACUUUUCUUGACAAUCAAAGAGUUAAACUGACCGACAACGGCCAUGAUGUAUAAGAGUAAAAACGCCCAGGCUGGCGAGAUCUGCAAUCUACACGUGAUGGCCAACAUUCCGUAAUUAAACCGUAUAUCCAAGGGUUUACUGGUGAUUAUAUGACAUGUCACUGUGCUGACACUUAAUUUUGUAUGGUUUCCAUUUUGUAGAACACAAACUGUGUGAGCUCUCCUGACUGAAUGGGUCUCUAUUUACUGAACAGUGUAUUGUUGUUAAUGAAUAUUGAACUGCAAAAUUUAGGCCAAAACAGACCAAUUAGAAAAGUCUUGUCUUCCUGGCUAAAAUUCAGUAGUUUAUUCACCACCGUUCACUGUUUAGCGAAAACACGCAACAAGUCAUUUUGUUGAAUAUGCACUUUUUUUAUAUGACUAUAAAAUAAUGGGCUACAUUUCAUAAUCCUUAUACUGAAAAGAUAACUUCAUAAUAUAUAUAUUUUUUAAUUAUUAUAUGUGGUAUUCCUUAUUGUUUUUAGAAUACCGCUCUCCCUUUUUUAUUUAUUUGAAGUUUUUAAAAUUUGCUAUUACAUUUACCUUUAUUCCAGUGCUGAGAUAGACACCUCACUGCAGUCCAGUCCUCCUCCAACAAAGUCCUCAACCCUUAUCACUUCCGUUCAGUGAGUUGCUUCCUAUUGAGAAGCAUUAAGGACACAUGGCGCAUGUAUUGCAGUUGCAACAAUCUACUUCUCAUAGAGAAACGCGAGAUGUACACAGCUUUACCAAGCUAAAAUAAAUAGCCGAAAUAAAAUAAAUGCCAAGGCAGCAUCUUUUCCUGAUCUCUCCACCAUGAUGAACUGAUAUUUAAUGCAUAGCCUGUCCCUUUAUGGCACACUCCAAGCAUUGUAACACCCACAGCCUAUUGAGGUGGUUAUGGUACAAUGAUAACAGUUCCCACAGUUUCUAUAAAGCCAGUCCCUCUUUUUGGGGGGGCCUUUAUAAUUUAUUCAAUAAUCUUUGUAUUUUGGAAUUCAGAGAAACCCCUAUGUUAUGGAGUCCAAAUCGUAAGUACAGCUCUGUACAGUUCUUGUGUAUGACUCCAUCCCCAAGUAAAAUAUGCAGUAUUGCGGUUUAUAUUGAAUACUUGUAUUUGGCUCUUAUUUGUCUAUUUUUCACAAUAGCCAUAUAAAAGCAUGCAAGGGAUUGUCUGCGAUUAUUGGACUUACAGUUACUGUUCCUGAAGAAUCGUUAUCACUUUGGAAAAUGUAAAAAUGUGUGCCUUGUUUGCCUUUAAAACUCUUUUUGAUAUAAACUAUAAUAAAAUCAACCAUGUUUAUACAUUUAAAAAUGGUUUUCAAAUCCACCCUUUUUUAAAUCUCCUGCACACCCACAGAGUCUGGAUUUCCUGGUAGAAAUUUAUUGUUAUAUUUAACAUCUCUGAUCACAUCAGCACAGCCCUCGUGUGUGCCACACCUGAGUAGUCUUAAGAGCUGGCACUCUAAAUAUGUGUAACUUUUUACAUACAACAAAAGCAGGUGCUGGUGUUACUUUUUUGUAUGUGAUUAAAAAAAAAAAAAAAAAAAUUAUUUAAAUAAAGUUCAGUCAAAAACCAUUUCCUAACAUGACCUCUAAAACAAAGGCAGGUGCACUGAAUCCACAUCAACUCUAUUUGCCCCACAAAACCACCAACAGUUGGCAGAGAUGCUGCCAAAUCUGCUUGCCCAGGAUACGUAAUGAAAUGAACCUUCCUAAUUACGCCCCCCUCCCCUUUGUUUUGUUUUCAGAUAACUAAAACAUAUUGGUAAAACCCAAAGGGACUAAACCUAUAACUACAUAGCAUCAUUACCACUCCAAAAACCCACAGUGGUUUUGGUGUUUGGAAUGUCACUUUAAGGUUAAAGUAAACUUAAAAAUGUAUGUUUUUUAUAUAUUAACGUCAAACAGUACUGCUUUUUAUAACUGACAUUGUAUGUAUACCACCAAUAUUGUUUCUUCUCUCUUAUUACAUAAUAGAGAAAUUAUAUUCUGUUUUUAAAUCUUGGUGGGGAGGGGGGGUUUAUUGAUUUUUUUUUUUUUUUGAACAUUCAUUUCUUUUUGAAAUGUAAGUCUCUUUUUGAACAAGCUGUUUUCUUUAUAAAAAAAAAGGAAAACUAUUUACUGUUUGUUUUUGCUGCAGUGUAUUCAAUUACUUGCGAAUGUUAAGUUGCAUACUGCUAUUGCAUUUGACAUGUUAACGUUGUGCAUUAUAUAAAUAUUAACACUGCAAUACGCAA